AUGCAAUUUCAACUGACCUUUCUUUUGCACCUUGGGUUGCUCAGUUACGUGAAAGCUCAAGAUGAAUGCAGCAGAGGUGCCUGCCCCCCCACCGGCGAUCUCCUGGUGGGUCGCAGUGGGCAGCUCACGGCUUCUUCCACCUGUGGACUGGACAGAGCCCAGAAAUACUGCAUCCUCAGCUACCUCGAGGGGGAACAAAAAUGCUUCAUCUGUGAUUCCAGAUUUCCAUAUGAUCCACACACCCAACCCAACAGCCACACCAUCGAGAAUGUAAUCACAAGUUUUGAACCAGAGAGAGAAAAGAAGUGGUGGCAAUCUGAAAAUGGUCUUGAUCAUGUCAGCAUCAGACUGGACCUAGAGGUCUUAUUUCAGCUCAGUCACCUUAUUCUGACCUUUAAGACUUUUCGGCCUGCUGCAAUGCUAGUUGAACGCUCCACAGACUAUGGACACACCUGGAGAGUGUUCAAAUAUUUUGCCAAAGAUUGUGCUGCUUCCUUCCCUAACAUCACAUCUGGCCAGGCCCAGGGAGUGGGAGAUGUUGUUUGUGACUCCAAAUAUUCGGAUAUUGAACCCUCCACUGGUGGUGAGGUUGUUUUAAAGGUGUUGGAUCCCAGCUUUGAAAUAGAAAACCCUUACAGCCCUUACAUCCAGGACCUUGUGACAUUAACAAACCUGAGGAUAAACUUUACCAGGCUCCAUACUCUCGGGGAUACUUUGCUUGGAAGAAAGCAAAAUGAUUCCCUUAAUAAAUACUACUAUGCUCUGUAUGAGAUGGUGGUUCGAGGAAGCUGUUUUUGCAAUGGCCAUGCUAGCGAAUGUGGUUCAGCACAGAAGACGCGCGGUGAUGUUUUCAGCCCUCCCAGCAUGGUUCGUGGUCGAUGCAUCUGUCAACACAAGACAGAUGGCCCAAACUGUGAGAGGUGCAAGGACUUCUUCCAGGAUGUUCCUUGGAGGCCAGCUACGGGCCUCCUGGACAGUGCUUGCCAAGCUUGCCACUGUAACGGCCACUCUGACCGCCGGCGCUUCGACAUGACCGCAUGCCUGGCGAGCGGGGGCCGCAGUGGGGGCGUGGGUGACGACUGCCCGCAGAACACGGAGGGCCAGCACUGUGACCGCUGCAGACCCCUCUUCUCCAGGGACCCCCUGAAGGCCAUCUCGGAUCCUUACGCGUGCAUCCCUUGUGAGUGUGACCCCGAUGGGACCAUUUCCGGUGGGCUUUGUGUGAGCCACUCUGAUCCUGACUUGGGAUCUGUGACCGGCCGAAGCCUGUGUAAGGAGAACGUGGAAGGAGCAAAAUGCGACAGAUGCAAGCCAAACCACUACGGACUGAGCGCCGCGGACCCCCUUGGCUGUCAGUCCUGCGCCUGUCACCCCCUUGGGAGCCUGCCGCUCUUGCCCUGUGAUGUGGAUACAGGCCAAUGCUUGUGUCAGUCAUUUGCUGCCGGACUACGCUGUGAAGAAUGCACUGUUGGAUACUGGGGACUGGAAAAUCACCUCCAUGGAUGUUCUCCCUGCGACUGUGAUAUUGGAGAUGCUUAUUCCAACGUGUGCUCACCCAAGAACGGGCAGUGUGAUUGCCGUCCCCACGUCACAGGUCGCAGCUGCACUGAGCCAGCGCCUGGCUAUUUCUUUGCUCCUUUGAAUUUCUACCUCUAUGAGGCGGAGGAAGCCACACCACUUCUGGGACUGGCACCUUUGGGCUCGGUGACUUCUGACCAACUGCCUGCUGUUUCCAUCUUUCUCUGAGAGCCAGUUCCUGGGAUGCCUGUUACGUGGACGGGACCUGGAUUUGCCAGGGUUCUCCCUGGGGCUGGUUUGAGAUUUGCUGUGGGGAACAUCCCUGUUCCCAUGGAUUUCACAGUUGCCAUUCACUAUGAAACUCAGUCUGCAGGUGACUGGACCAUCCAGAUGGUGAUUGACCCCACUGGAGCAAGCAAGCACUGCACACGUGAGACCCCUCAGCCAAAGCCUCAGGCUUUCCCAGCAGCUUCCAGAAUCAUGCUUCCCACACCCAUCUGUUUAGAACCAGAUGUACAAUAUUCCCUUGAUGUCUAUUUUUCCCAGCCUUUGGAAGGAAGGUCCAAGGCUCAUUCACACAUCCUGGUUGAUUCUCUUGGUCUUAUUCCCCAAAUCAACUCACUGAAGAAUUUCUGCAGCAAGCAGGAUUUAGAUGAAUAUCAGCUGCACAACUGUGUUGAAAUUGCCUCAGCAUCGGGACCUCAGGUGCUCCCUGGAGCAUGUGAAAGGCUUAUAGCCAGUUUGUCUGCCAGGCUGCGUAACGGGGCCGUAGCUUGCAAGUGUCAUCCACAGGGCUAAGGGACCCGCUGCAGCCGACUGGGAGGCCAGUGCCAAUGUAAGCCUGGGGUGACUGGCCGCUGCUGUGACGCAUGCUCAACAGGAAGCUACGGUUUGGGGCAACGUGGCUGUCACUCUUGGCACCGCCACCCUCCAGGCUCAGAGAGCACCAUGUGUGACCAAGUACCAGGACAGUGCCCGUGCCGUGGACAGGCGGCUGGCCGCCGUUGAGAUCGGUGCCUGGCUGGCUACUUCGGAUUUCCCAACUGCCGCCCCUGCCUCUGUAAUGGGCUCGCUGAACUUUGUGAUCCAGAAACUGGGUCAUGCUUCAACUGUGGCAGAUUUACAACUGGGAGAAACUGUGAAAGAUGCGUCGAUGGUUACUAUGGAAAUCCUUCUUCAGGACAGUCCCGCUGUCCUUGCCCGCGUCCAGAUGUCCCCUCCAGCAGUCAGUACUUUGCCCACUCCUGUUAUCAGAAUCCUUGGAACUACAGUUGUCUUCAAGGCUAUGCAGGUGUGCAGUGUGGAGAAUGCUCUGCUGGUUUCUAUGGAAAUCCAGGAAUUUCCUGAGCACCCUGCCGGCCAUGUGCCUGUAACAACAACAUUGAUGUGACUGACGCAGGGUCCUGCAGCCCAGUCACAGGGGAGUGCCUGAAAUGUCUGUACAACACUCAGGGCCCCAGCUGCCAGCUCUGCAAACCAGGUUACUUUGGCUCAGCCGUCGAUCAGACCUGCAUGAGGUGCUCCUGUCAUCCCUCUGGCGUGAGUCCCACUGAGUGUCCCCCCAGUGGGGAAGCUUGCCUCUGUGACCCUGACACUGGCACGUGCCCAUGUCUGCCCAGCGUCACCGGCCAGACCUGUGACCAUUGUGCUGAUGGAUACUGGAAUCUGGUCCCUGGCAGAGGAUGUCAGCCAUGCGAUUGUGACCCCCGGACCUCGCUCAGUAGCCGCUGUGACCAGCUUACAGGCCAGUGUCCGUGUAGAUCAGGCUAUGAUGGGAAACGCUGCUCUGAGUGUGAGGAAAAUCAUUAUGAGGAUCCCCUAGGGCGAUGCAUUCCGUGUGACUGCAACAGGGAAGGUUCCCAGAAGCCUGUCUGUGACCAGGACACAGGCGCGUGUUGAUGCCAGGAGGGCAUUAGCGGCCCUCGAUGUGAUCGCUGUGCCCGGGGUCAUGCCCGGGAAUUCCCCUCUUGUCUUCCAUGUCACUUGUGCUUUGAUCAAUGGGACCACACUAUGUCUUCCCUCUCCACAGUGGUGCAAGGGUUAAUUAGGCUGGCUGCUAACAUGGAAGAUAAAAGAGAGACCCUGCCUGUCUGUGAGGCUGACUUCAAAGGCCUCAGAGAAAACAUGUCUGAAAUAGAAAGGAUUUGGAGACAUCCUGUUUUCUCAUCUGAGGAAUUCUCCAAAGUCAAGGAUUAUCAUGACUCUGUUCGGAAACAAAUCAUGCAACUAAGUGAGCAGCUGAAAACAGUGGAUGAAUUUGAAGACCUAAAAGAAACAAUCCUCAGAAUGAGGAAUGAAACAAACCUCUUACUUGAAAAUCUUCAGGAAGGAAAUGAUUUGCACUUCGGUGCCUGGAAUGCAAGCCUCAUAAAUUUUUCAAAGGACAUCAAGAAGUAUUAUCAGAGUUCUUUAUCUACUGAAAAGAAAAUGAAUGAAACUACAUCCAUCAUAAACAACUCCAAAAGUACCAGGAAUGACUUACUUAGCAUCUUAGAUACACUAACCUCAAAAGAAGACUUGUCAUUGGAGAAAUUACAGCAGAUCAAGAUACCAAAUAUUCAAAUAUUGCAAGAAAAGGUGUGUGGAGAAGGAGAGGACACGGCCUGUGCGCGCUCAUCCUGUGGUGGCCCGAGCUGUUACGGCUCCCCAACCCUCUCAAGGAAUGCCCUGCAGAAAGCUCAGGAGGCAGAGUCUGUGAUUCACAAUUUGAACAACCAGGUUCACAGGUUGAAGAAACAGAUCAGAAAUAUAAGUAAACUGGCAGAAGUUUGCAAAAAGAGUGCAUUACAGCUAAGAAAGAAACUGAGGAAUAUGAAAAACCAAAGUGAAUCUGAAGAAGAAAAAAUGAAUCUUCUGAUAAAAAAACUGAAAAUAUUUUUGUUAGAGGAAAAUGUGCCUCCAGAGGAUGUAGAGAAGGUGGCAAAUCGUGUACUUGACAUCCACCUACCAAUAACAUCGCAAAAUCUAACCCAUGAACUUGACAAAAUACAGAAACUUAUGCAACUCUGUGAGGACUACAGGACAGAAGAGGACAGGCUAAACAAAGCAGCAGAUGGAGCCCAGAAGGUUUUGGUGAAGGCAGAAGCAGCUAAAAAAGCAGAAAAUGUUCUAUCAAAUCUCAGCAAAAUGUUGAAGAAGUUGCAGCAAGUUCAAAUCACUCAAGGACGGACAGAUUCUACCAUCACACAGCUGAAUGCCGAGAUAACAAAAAUCAAAAAGAACAAACUUCAGCAGGCUGAAAAUCAGGCCCAGGAGACGAAGAAUAAGCUGGACGUAGCAAAGCACCAGUCAGCGUUGGAGCGUGGACUUGCCCAGCUGCAGACCACGUUGCAGAGGAACCGAGGCGAGGCUGUUCGGGCACGAGCUCAGGCGGAAGCAGCCCGGCACCAGGCUGGGGGCCUUGAGGAGGAGUUUGUUGAGCUACAGAAUCAAUAUGCUGUUCUUCAGCAUAAGAUGAGCACGCCAGGACUGACAAAGGAAACAUUAGGAAAAGUGAAACAGCUAAAAGAUGCAGCAGUAAAACUGGCUGGAGACACAGAGGACAAGAUGAGAAGAAUAGCAGAUUUGGAAAAGAAGAUCCAAGCUUUGAAUCUUAGUAAACAAGAAAAAGCUGAUCAGCUGAAACAGUUGGAAGAUCAAGUCAUUGCCAUUAAAAAUGAAAUUGUCGACCAAGAAGAUAACUAUGCUACCUGCUACAGUUAG